ACGUUUUUUGCAAUAGCGACUUUUUCCCGAAAACUAAACAAAACUGUUGUAGUAAUCGACCCACUUGACCAUUUGUUUCGAUGCUCAAGCUCUCAUUCAGUGACAGUUUCCAGUUUUCAAUUGGAGUUUUAUUCCCCUUACAACGCUAGUACUGGACAAUGUUUGAAUGGGGUCGAUUGUGAGGAUCAAGUCAAUUACACAAGUCAGAUAUGAUCGCCACUUUUUCAAAAGAACAUUCAGUUUAUGAAAACAUCCUCGCGGAUUACGAGGCGCAAGUGGGAGAAAUUAAUUCUGUCGGCCAGAAAGCUCUCUUGAAGAGAAAAUGGUCGUUUGUUAUACGAAUUGUGCUAGAUCUGAUAUUGUGCCAAGCGAUCCUGGGUCCAUUAGUCAUCCUUUUCUGGAGAGGAACUUGGGACUACACAAUUUUGGUGCUGGACAAAGUAUACCAGGACGAUUGCAUCACACCGAAUCUAAUAUGCCUGAUGGGAGGCUUUACGAUGUCGUUCAUCUUGCAAUAUUUCCAACACCACAUCAAGUAUUUGGCCGGUCACUCUAAAUGCAUCCGGUUCAAAUUAGUUGCCAGGCUAUAUAGUGUACUCAUUGGCAUCAGUGAUAUCAUGUAUUGGAAAGGCAUCUGGGAUGGCAUCGAUUGUUUAUCAGGCACAUCCCCUUUGGUGGCAGUGGGAACAAUGGUUGCAGGAACUCUGAUCUUGACCUUAUUCAAAACCUUAAAGUCGACAAUCAGUGCUCCCUUGGGCAUCGUUUUAGACACGUCAUCUAAUUGCUGCCAAACAGCUACAUAUUUUAACAACGGGGAAUCUGAGUCGUUACUUCUCAAUAUUGGAGAUAUUACCUUGACCUUGAUUUUGGAGGGGUUUGUUGUCUUGUUCUGGCACGGAAUUUGGACUCUGAUAGAUAGUGGGUCAAAAUAUUACGCCGUGGGAUACACAUUUUCCGCCUGGAUGUCGCUGCUUUUUGGGUUCAUUGGUGCAGUUCUUCUCUGCUUUGUCCAAUUCCCAAUCAUGAACGUACACCUAUCAGAAGGCCAAGGAUGCGCCAUAAAGAGCACAAAAUGGUUCCUGAACUUCAGUUUUGCCUUUACGGGCGGCGUAGUCACCAUCAAUUCAUUUCGAGGCGUUUGGUACCUUGCUGACAUCUACUAUUUGCCAGAUCAAUACUCCUUGAGUUUGAACCAUGGAUGGAUCAUUUCCACGUUGGCAAUAUUUGUGCUAUCUAUUGGAUGUUCCCUGCAUCCAGGGCUUGUGAGGGAUGCACCGGAUCGGCGCGAUGGGCUCCUCAUACCUGUCUACUACUCAGCUCACUUUUUCAUUCAAGAGCUCGGAAUGAAAGAUCGCUUUCCAGUGUCACCAAGUUAAAAGGAGAACAUUUUCGACCGCAUUGACGUUACUUUGCGGAACUUGACAAGUUCACAAAUUAUUUUUUCCGUCCUAUGUAAAGUUAGGAAGAACUAGGGUCUGGAAAAUCGACCACCAACUCAAACAUUUGUACAAUUGCUGUACAAGUCGUUUACUUUAUUCCGAUUGUCUAUGGCACUUGCAAAAAUGUUCUUUGUGUGGUAGACACAAAUGUCUAUAUAUCAAUAUACAAAUGUGAAAAAUAUCAAGCUUACGAUUCAAGAAAAAUAUUGAU